CCAGCCCGUGAGCCCUCCCAGCGCGUGGGGCGCUGGCGCCGAGGCCCGUAACUCCUACAGCGUUUGCUCUACGGGACUGUUCCCCCUCCCGUCCUCAGCUGAUGGGCUGCAAUCCGGAGCCGAUCUCGGCUCUGAGACAAAAUGGUCUGCUGCGGGCUCUUAUGCAGGAAGCAGGCCAGCCUGCAGGAGCUGAGCCCAGCGAGGAGCGGCGGCGAGCCCAGGAGGAAUGGGAGGCAGUGGAAAAUACCCAGUCAGGGCUGCUGGAGGAGUCGGCCGGUCCCGUGCCCCUGAUCUCCUUCAACGAAGCGCUGCAGUACUUCCAGACCGCAGACCUUUCUGAGUGCAGGAAAAAGAUCCAAGCGACGGUGCAUAGACAAGGUCUGGCUGCUCUGGUUCACUUCCUCUUUGGUCCUCCGCGGCUCCAGCAGCAGCUGCAGGGAGAGCGGGACCUGGCUCUCACGAUAGCUCAAUGUGGUUUAGAUAAUAACGAGAGAGUGCACAUGAGAAUCCUGCAGACUAUCUACAAGAAACUAACCUGCUCCACACUGAGUUGCCCACGCUACGGGGCACACUGGGAAGAGCUCGGCUUUCAAGGUGCCGAUCCCGGGACUGACCUGCGAGGGACGGGGAUGCUGGGCUUGAUGCAAAUGUUGUACUUUGUCAUGGACUCUCAGACACUGCCUCUAGCUCACAAGAUUUUCAAGCUAUCCCAGCAUGAAACCCAGAAUUUCCCCUUCUGCAUCAUGUCGGUGAACAUCACUCGCAUCGUGAUGCAGGCCCUGAGGGAGGAACGUCUCUCCAGAGAGUGUAACCGCAGGCAGCAAGUCAUCGUGGUGCUGAACGACGUGUACGUGGCGGCGUUUCUGCAUCUCUACAGCGUCUGGAAAGCGCAGCACAAAACCAUUGCUGACUCUGGCUUCCUGCUAAAGGAAGUGGAGUCAUUCACCAAAAAGAAACCGAAGCAACUCCUGAAAUCCUUAGAGACCUACAUGAACCGAAGCCUGACAGACGGCAUUCAACACCCGUUCUCUCCUGGUGGCAACAUCGGCUCCGUCGGUAGCAGCCAGGCCAGCAAAGAGAUAAACUUCACAGGCAUUUGCGACCUGCAGGUUGAGCUGGAGGGAGAGGCUCAACUGAUCUGAAGCCAGGGGAAACCCACCGCAGGAACCUUGCUUGCGGCACAGCUAUCGGAGCUUGCCUGGCCACGGCCCCUCUGGUUAGGGGGGCUCAGAAAGGGCUGCGCGGUUCAAGACGGUAGACGCAGAGCAAUGCCUCUGGCUGAGAAGGUAGCUACUAGCUCAGAGACGGUGAGAAACACAGUGGGAGCAGAGUUUGGGACUGAACUUAGGGCAGUCUGUAGAGGGUAGACUUUUGCCCUGAACCCACAGAAAGGGUGACCUUAUCUUUUCCCCCGCCUCUCUCCCCACAAACGUCCUGGCCGCAGUUUGUCGGCGGUGCUCAGUGCCGCGUGUUGCCGAGCUGUCCAGGGUGGCAGCAGGAGCGAACUGCGGGCUUUGGCCUUUUCCAGAUAGAAAUCUUUGGCCUUUUCCGGGUAGAAGUCUCCACGAGGAGGCUCACGAAGGAGGCAAAGCGAGUGGAGCGGGUGGGUUUUAUGAGCCUCCAGCCUCGGACUGGGAUUGGAUCCGUGUCCACCUGGCUGUCUUGAAUCUACCUGUCUGUCUUUAGGGUGUUCACCCCCAGCAGGAAAGUUUAGUGACGCUCCAGGUAGACUGAUGACCAGAGUUCGAGCACAGCGACAGGACUCAGACCUGUUGCUCGUCGUGUUCCCACCAGCUAGACGGCAGCACUACCUGAGAGCAAAGAUUUGGUCUAGAAUCGAUCACUGGGCUGCUGCUCCUUGUCCGCCUCGGGACGUGGCGAUUUGAGAUCUGGAUGGGACCUCUGGCAGCAAGAAAGUCUGCGGAGAUCCUCCCCUCUCACAAGGGCUCCAGCAGCACGUGGCGGGUCCAAAAGCCUUCACUUUGGGCUAAGCCAUGUUAUCGUGCAUCGGUGGUGCGCUAAGAGCAUGAAUGCUGUCAAGCUGCUGCAGUUCGGGCAGGGCGGUAGCAGCUUGUCAGCCAAGCGUCCGUCCCGAGGUUUGGGGAGCCCUCAUGAACUCCCCUGGGGUGUCGCUGUGUGUGUAUGUUACUGUGUGCGUUUGUACCUCCACACCUAAAUACUAAGAAAAGGGGAAAAAAUGCUUUCCUCGGCAUA